CCAACUCUCACACCCCAUGGAUCACGCCGGGGGGAUGUCGGGUGCAAUGGCCAUGCAUCUAACUUCUAGAUGGUUUGCGGUCUAGUCCCACCAUGUCCAGUCCGGCUAAAAAGCGCAAGAGAGAUGAUCCAGGAUCUACCUCGCAGCCCACCCGGACCAUAGCGUCAUUCUUCCAAGGCCAGGCAACCAAACAGCCCGAGAAGACGCAACAACCGCCCCAGGCUGUAUUUGAAGCUCACACACAACAGACCUUGUCGGACGAGGCGCUGGCCCGUAAGCUUCAGGCUGAAUGGGACAAAGAAGAUGCGCUUCCAACCCCGCAGGCCGACACCAGCGAUGACCCUUCUUUGCUACCAUUGAAUGCCGGCGACAACGAUCGGGAACCGACCAAAGUGCAGAAGAAAGGCGUCCUCUCGCUACAGUCGUCUACAGGCACGGAGGAUACUGUCUCUCUGGCUGUCCCUUUCGAUCAAAGUCCUGUCACUUUCGAUGCCACCAAAUAUGCGCGCGAGUUGCAGGGCCACUGGGCUUCGGAAGGUGGCGACGCCUCGUACGCCCUACUCACCAGAGCUUUCGUGCUUGCCAACGCCACAACUAGUCGCAUCAAGAUUGUGGAUACGCUGGUCAAUUUUCUCCGCGUGGUAAUUGAAGCGGACCCGUCCAGCGUGCUUCCCGCAGUAUGGCUGGCGACCAGCUCGAUCUCCCCUCCCUACGACGAGUUGGAGCUGGGCCUUGGCGGGUCCUCGAUAUCGAAGGCGCUCAAGAAGGUGUAUGGACUAAACAGUCAAGGUCUGAAAUCACUAUAUGAUAGACACGGAGAUGCCGGCGAUGUGGCGUUCGAGGCCAAGAAGAGACAGUCCUUCACUUUGAUGAAGCCUAAGCCGCUCAGGAUAAAGGGGAUUUAUCAGUCUUUGAAAAAAAUAGCUAUGAGUAAGGGGGGUGGAAGUCAAGAGACAAAACAGAGGAUUGUCGAGAAACUACUACAAGAUGCUCGCGGUGCGGAAGAAAGUCGAUACAUUGUUAGAACUCUGGUCCAGAAUCUGCGCAUCGGCGCUGUCAAAACCACGAUGCUCAUUGCGCUUGCAAGGGCAUUCCUAUACUCCAGACCUGAAGGGGCGGAAUUCUCAAUCUACUCUCAGGAGGAAAUGGCGCGCUUGAAGAAGGACGAGCUAGCUGAAAGCUAUAACAAUGCAGAGGAGAUUGUCAAGGCUUCCUAUGCCCGGCAUCCAAACUACGAUGACCUCGUUCCCUGUUUGCUCGAAGUCGGGGUUUCCGACGAACUCCUUGUCCGCUGUGGUCUGCAGAUGCAUAUCCCAUUAAGACCUAUGCUAGGCAGCAUCACGCGGGACCUAUCAGACAUGCUGACGAAAUUGCAAGGGCGUGAUUUCAGCUGUGAAUACAAGUAUGAUGGUCAGCGCGCGCAGGUGCAUUGCGAUGUACAAGGCAAAGUAUCGAUCUUCUCCCGCCACCUGGAGAAUAUGACGGAGAAAUACCCUGAUCUUGUGUCUCUGGUCCCUCAGAUAAGGGGAGAAGGUGUGUCGAGCUUCAUCUUAGAAGGAGAGGUGGUCGCCGUGGACCAAGAGUCGGGCGAACUGCAAGCCUUCCAAAUUUUGACCAACCGUGCGAAGAAAAACGUUGAUAUCGGGGCCAUCAAAGUCAGCGUCUGUCUCUUUGCAUUCGACCUGAUGUAUCUCAACGGACAGCCACUGCUAGAUCGGCCAUUCCGUGAGCGACGAGAGCUGCUACGGAGCUUAUUCGUCGAGAUUCCCAGACGGUUCACGUGGGUGAAGAGCCUAGACGCCAUGUCUGCCGAUUCAGAGGCGGUACUGGAAUUCUUCAAAAGCGCCACCGACACUAAAUGUGAAGGAAUCAUGGUUAAAGUGCUUGACAAUAUGACCAAGCCGGUUCUUGAAGAAAACGGAACACCGGCCGUUGAUACAGACGGUGUGCCAGAUCAGCCGUCCAAGACAGACGAAAAGUCCGAGUCGAAGAACUCCAAAGGCAGUCGCCGAAAGGCACUGUUUUCCACCUACGAGCCCGACAAACGGCUCGAAUCCUGGCUCAAGGUCAAGAAAGAUUAUAGCGCCUCAUCCGAGACCCUCGAUCUGAUUCCCGUAGCCGGGUGGCACGGCCAAGGCCGCAAGGCUAAAUGGUGGUCGCCGAUCCUCCUUGCCGUCCGCAACCCUGAAACAGGGAGCUUAGAAGCCGUAACAAAAUGCAUGUCCGGCUUCACUGAUAAGUUCUACCAAACGAACAAGGACAAAUACGCCGAGGGGACACCUAACGUCAUCUCCCGCCCUAGCUACGUCGAAUACUACGGCGAGCCAGACGUGUGGUUCGAGCCGCAGGAAGUCUGGGAAAUGGCAUUUGCCGACAUUACUCUUAGUCCCACGUACACGGCGGCCAUCGGCUUGGUGAGCGAUGAACGAGGGCUGAGUCUCAGAUUUCCCCGAUUUUUGAAAGUCCGCGAAGACAAAUCGAUCGACGAGGCGACCACAUCUGAUUACCUGGCCUUGCUUUGGCGAAAGCAAUCCGAACGGACCAAGCAGGAGGUGGAGCGACCAGCCGAGGAGGUAUUGGAAGAAUGAAUAUAGAAGUUGGUAUAAUCAAAGGCACUGCGAGACCAAUAUACAAGAAACCUACAUAACGAUAAUAGAUCCAAUCCACCCCAUUAGUAAACUAAUCGAUCAAG